GACUGUAUUUCUUUACCUGCUGGACUAAACGCUACCAUGAACCUGUCUGCUGUUCUGCUGUUUCUCAUCGCCAGGGUCUGUGCGGAAAGUCUAGAGGGGCCAACAGCUGGCUGCACGUUUGAGGAAGACUCCGACCCCAGCCUCUGUGAAUACAGACAGGCACAGGAAGAUGAUUUUGAUUGGCAGCUUGUACGGACCUAUAGCUGGCCGCACAUGACCUCUGACCUUAUACGAGGCUCCUACAUGAUGGUGAACUCUUCUCAGUAUGGCGCUGGACAGCGGGCUCAGCUCAUGUUACGUCCGCUGAGUGAGAACGACACACACUGUGUGCAGUUCAGUUAUUUUCUGUACAGCCGUGACGGACACAGUCCCGGGGGCCUGAGUGUGUAUGUGCGAGUAAACGGUGGCUCAAGGGGAAAUGCCGUAUGGAAUGUGUCCGGCUCUCAGGGGCGGCAGUGGCAUCAGGUGGAGCUGGCUGUCAGCACAUUUUGGCCCAGCGAGUACCAGAUCGUUUUUGAAGCCACAGUCUCAUCCGAGCAGAAGGGAUACAUCGCCCUGGAUGAUAUAGUGCUGUUAAACUACCCCUGCUAUAAAGUGCCUCAUUUCUCCAGACUUGGGGAUGUGGAGGUGAACGCGGGGCAGAACGCCACAUUUCAGUGUGUGGCAACCGGACGAUCUGCUAAGACUGAUCCCUUCCUGAUGGAGAGGCGUAACGGUGUUUUGAUGUCACCAUACUCAGUGACUUCAUCAGUAGGAGAGCGUCGAUUGGUUGCAUGGUUUCAGGUGGGCGGAGCCCAACGUGGAGAGCAGGACCUCUACCGAUGCCUCACUCAGUCAACAUAUGGAGCUGCAGUGUCAAACUUUGCAGAACUAAUCGUCAGAGUCCCGCCCACACCGAUAGCUCCACCCCAGCUGCUGCGCUCUGGCCCCACAUAUCUGAUCAUCCAACUCAACACUAACUCUAUAGUGGGCGAUGGGCCGGUGAUCCGCAGAGAGAUUGUGUACAGGGCCAGUCAUUCGCCAUGGUCUGAAACACACGGAGUCAACUCACUAACGUAUAAAGUCUGGCACCUGGAACCUGAUACAGAGUAUCGCAUCAGUGUUCUUCUCACCCGGCCUGGAGAGGGUGGAACCGGUCCGCCAGGACCCCCGCUGGUCAGCAGAACCAAGUGUGCAGAGCCCAUGCGUCCCCUCAAAGGUUUGACGGCUUCAGAGAUUCAGUCCCGUCAGCUGCUCCUGCAGUGGGAGCCGGUGGGAUACAACCUGACGCGCUGUCAUACGUACUCCCUGUCGCUGUGCUACCGCUACUCCACUGCUACUGGGGGCGGAGCUGGCGGAAAUAACGCCACGGUGAGGGAGUGUCUGUCGGUGGAGGGGAACACCUCCCGCUUCACACUUCGGGAUUUACCACCAUUCCAUGCCGUUCAUGUGAGGCUGGCUCUGGCCAAUCCAGAGGGCAAGAAAGAGAGCCGAGAAGUGACCUUUCAGACGGAGGAAGACA